AUGAAAUUCGCCAGCAUUUUCUUCCCAGCUCUUGCACAAGCCAUGAUCGGCCAACUUGAGGGAACUCUCCAAUGCUUCACCUGCGGUCAGACCGACUUCUUCUCAUUCGACAGCUACGAUUCCUUCGACGACAGCGCUUCCCUCCAAUGCCAAACAACCAUCACCCAGAAGCACCUGAAACCGUGCCCGCGAGCCACCGACGUCUGCAAAACUCGAAUCACCAGAACAAUCACCGUCGAUGAUGUCGUUUCCAACACUUCAAUUGUGGCGAUCGAACGAAGCUGCGCGGCAAAGGAAGAAACCCCCGAGCAGUUUAAAGAAGAAAUGCGAUAUUUGGAGCACUACCCCAGCGAAGAAGACCCUCGAAUUCAAACUGAAAUCGAAGAAGUUUUCUGCACCAAAGACGGCUGCAACUUCCACGAAGCGGAGAACUACUACAAACCAUCGAAAAUCGAGCAGCUCUUUCUCCCCCAAAUCGACGAGCCCGAGUCCUCCGCCUCUUCCAUCCUUUUCUCUUUCACCCUUUUUCUCGCCCUCGCUUUCUUCAUGUAA